CCGUCUUCAAUCUUUUUCUCCCCGCGGCUUUGAACGCGGCAAUGGUUUCGGGUUCCACUUUUCUUUCGGGAAAAAGACUUUGCUUUGGAUUCGCCAAUCGGGAUUUGAUUUCUCCGCAAAUUAAAAAGACUGCAAUCUUUCUUGAAUCGGACAAUUCGAAGCAAUGGCGGAAACAGCUUCAAAGUAGAAGAUGUUGAGUGCGGAAUCUGGAGGGACUAAUGGAGAGAAGGUCUGAAGGAUUGAGCUUUGGGAACUAGAUUCCAACUGGAGAUGAAAUUCUUGUACAGGAAGAAGAAGCGGAAAACUGAGCCAGAGAUCAGAAGGGAAAAGGAGGAAGAAGAAGGAGGAGGAGGAGAUUGUUCGAUUGGGUGAAAUUAGAGAGAUCUGCAGAGGUUUAGGUAGUGAAGAGUAAAUAAGAGGAAUAGAAGGGAGAAGAUGCAAUUUCAUGCUUCGACGGGGACGAAGAGAGUGACGAUAUCGAAUGGAGGCGGAGCAGGAGGGGGCUGCUUCUGGGAAGUGAUGAAGGUGAAAGGAUCAACGCGCCGAUUUUCUUACCGUUCCGUUUUACCGACGGUGAUACUUCUGGGGGUUAUUUUACCCUUUCUCUACAUCCGAACUGCAUUCCUUGCUCUGGAUUCCACCUCGUUCUGUUCUUCUCUCGCAGAUUGUAUAAGGUGGAGGUUGGGACCUACGCUAUUCGGCGGGAGAGAAUCUUCACCGGAGCUCAGGGAAGAGCUGUUGACAGCGUUGAUUGAAGCAAGAGAUGAGGGAGAAAGAGGAGGAGCAGGAGGAGGAGGAGGAGGAGGAGGAGCAGGGAUGCAAGGUGGGUCUGUAUCAUUCAACGAGCUGGUGAUGGAAAUGACGUCAAAAAGACCAGACAUCAAGGGCUUUGCCUUCAAAACCAAGCUCAUGCUGAUGAAAAUGGAGCGCAAGGUCCAACUAGCCAGACAUGAGGAAUUGAUUUACUGGCAUUUUGCUUCAUAUGGGAUCCCCAGAAGCAUUCAUUGCCUGUGCCUAAAGCUUGCUGAAGAAUACUCUAUUAAUGCUUUGGCCCGAGCUCCACUGCCACCACCAGAGUUGGUGUCUUGUCUUGCUGACUAUUCAUACUUACACAUUGUUCUCCUAACUGACAACAUUCUGGCUGCCUCUGUUGCCGUAUCCUCGGCUAUCAAAAACUCGGCCCAUCCAGAAAAAUUUGUGUUUCACUUGGUCACUGAUAAGAAGACUUACGCACCAAUGCAUGCGUGGUUUGCACUCAAUCCUGUAGCUCCAGCAGUGAUUGAGGUCAAAGGGUUGCACCAGUUCGACUGGCCUCAUGAAGUAAAUGUUGGAGUAGAAGAGAUGUUGGAGAUACAUCGCUCAACUUGGAGCCGUUACUAUUAUAACAGCCUAAGAGAAGGAAGACGCAAGGAGUUUGAGGAAGGAGAAUUGACCAGAAGAUUAGAUGCCUCGAGACCCAGCAGCUUUUCCCUCUUGAAUCAUCUGAGGAUUUAUCUUCCCGAGCUGUUUCCAGAGCUUAAGAAGAUAAUAUUCUUGGAUGACGACGUUGUAGUACAACGUGAUUUAUCACCUUUGUGGGAACUGGACCUCAACGGGAGAGUUAUUGGUGCAGUUGUUAACUCGUCAAGUGGAGAGGGAGAAAGUGAGAGAAACCACUGUUCUCCAGGAAGGAGAUAUGGGGAUUUCUUGAAUUUCUCAAAUCCAUUGAUAUAUUCAGAGUUCGAAUAUGAUCAUUGCGCAUGGUUGUAUGGCAUGAAUGUGUUUGAUCUCCAAGCAUGGAGGGGGACCAGCAUCACAGAAAAAUACCACCACUGGCUUAAACUUAACCUCGAUUCGGGCUUCACACUUUGGCGUCCAGGAGCGCUUCCACCUGCCUUAGUUGCUUUCCAAGGCCAUGUGCACCCGAUUGACCCUUCAUGGCACAUGGCUGGAUUGGGUCAGCAACCAUUUGAAGUCGGAUUGAGAAUGUUGGAGGAUGCUUCUGUCAUACACUUCAGUGGCCCUGCAAAACCGUGGCUGGAUAUAGGAUCACCAGAGCUGCGGAAUCUGUGGAAUAUAUACCUUAAUUUUUCUAGUGACUUCAUAAGAGACUGUAAAAUUAUAGAGUGAAGAGAGCAAAGCUCUCCUCCUUUCUUACAUGUGUAUAUUGAGCAAAGCCGGAGGUGCAAUAUGAUCAGAGGGAAGAAGGUUUUGCAUUCAGUCUCUGCUCAAAUGUACCUUUGGUGAUGAGAGUUUAUUUUUGCUCAUACUGUAUGUAUUAUAUGGUAGAUACUAUAUUUA